AUGUUCGAGGAAUUCCUCGAGGAGUUCGACGAGUGGCACGAGCCAAACGCGGCCUACCUCGCCUCCCCGCGCGACGUGGCCGUGCUCCGCGCCAGGUUCCGCCCGGCGAGCCCGCCCCUCGAGGACGCCCGCUGCGGCGACCUCCGCCGCGGCCAGCCGCUCUGCGUCCUCCGCGCCAUGCCCGACAGCGAGCGCAAGUACUACGACGCCGUCCUCGAUUCCGUGAAAAGAGCGGCUCACGUCACCGUGGGCGGCGAGGAGCGGUGCGCGUGCCGCUUCACGGUGCGGUGGACGGACGGGCCGCUCCGCGGCGGCUUGGACGAGGUCGGCGUCGACGAGGUCUGCUGCGUGCGGGACUCGCCGGUCCAGGACCCGGCGCUGAGCGAGUUCCUGGACCGCGUGACGAGGUCGUUCGGCUUCCGCGACGGCGAGGAGAACGCGAAGGCGGUGCAGGACUCGCCAGUCCAGGACCCGCGGCUGAACGAGUUCCUGGACCGCGUGACGAAGUCGUCCGGCUUCUGCAACGGCGAGGAGAAACCGAAGGCGGCGCCUCAGGGUACCGGGGCCACGUCGGCCCCGGGCAGCGAGCAGAGCGCGACGGCGGCGCCUCAGGCGACCGGGGCCACGUCGCUCUGGGGCAGCGAGGGGGAAACUGCCUUCAUAAUCAUCGACUAG